AUGUCAGGGACUCCACCAUUAUCCCACCAAUUGCCUCGGAUAAAUAAAUUUGUUGGAGAGGCUUUUGAAGAGCAAGCGAUUUCGAGGACGAUUUUCGUAAGCAGCGAAGAAGAUACGACAGAGAGAGAAUCGAGGGUGAUUCUCCUGGUCGGGCCACAAUCGGCUAGAAAGACGUCUCUGAUAGAUUUCUUCUGCAAUUACUUCUAUGGAGCACAACUGGAUGAGCCCACACGUUAUCAUAUUGCAAAUGAGAAAUUCGAUUCGACGACACCAGAGAAGCAGAUUAUCACCUAUGUGUUCAACGACACCAAAAUGGAUUUCAGACCAAUUGUUAUUGACACGCCCUCCACGAGUGGACCUCACGGCGAAGAAAAUCGUCGAAUACUCGCUGAAUGGUUGAAAGAGAACGACAAGUUAAAAUUGGACACCAUCGGUGUUGUUUUCUCGGCUUACUCCCGGCUCACCUCAGAAGAAGAAGAGGGAUUACAGAAGGCAAUUAUAACCACUUGUACUAAUUUUUCAUCAUUAUUCUGCAUUACAUUUUAUUCGCUUCACAAAAUUAUAACGUUUUCUGUUGAGAGUGGUUUUUUCAAGGCUCUACAAUUGUUCCCGUCACAUAUGAGAGUGAAGCAGGUCGUGUUCAUGACUGGUAGCGACGGCUCAUCGCUUCCUGUUGGCUUGCUUCGCAGGUUCAAUCUCGACAGAGCUAACGUUUAUAAAGUAAACACAUCAUGCAUUUUCCAACGUCCUGAAGAUGACCCGCUUCAAGAACACCUUCGUGGCAAUUACUGGCGUAUGAGUGUUGCGAAUUUCGAAGCCCUGUUCUCUCGCCUGAAAUAUGAACAACCGCCUUCACAUUUACAUAGAACCUUUGAGAUACCCCAGGCUGCCACGGUCAGCCUAGGAGAAUCCUCAAGGUCGUCGCAGGCUGCCACGGUCAGCCUAGGAGAAUCCUCAAGGUCGUCGCAGACUGCCACGGUUAGCCAAGGAGGAUCUUCAAAGUCGUCGCAAAGCUCUCGAGAUACUGUUAUACGCAAUAUGAGCGGCAUUUCCGAAGAUUCAGUAAUGAAAGGGCCAUAUCUGCUGCAGGGUAAAACCAGUGACAACAACAACGUUGCUCAAGUACAGUCGAGCUCUCAGAAGCCAUCAGAGCUAUUAGACUAUCGUAUGAAUAAAACUAGCAGAGAAGAAACUAUCACCACUCACUCGGAUCACAUCACAGAAAGUGUUCACCGCUUGGAGACGAGGCCUGUGGAACACAAAGCAACGCCAGAAUUCGUUACUCAAAGUGUUGAAUCACUUUUGAGAAAACCCAUCACCGUCAACGAGCAUUCAUCAAGGAAUGUAUCUGAGACUACGAGUCGAUUUUCAAACGGCACAAUUCCUGCUGCGGAUGGAAUUAGCACGUCUGGACUUGGCACUGCAACAGAGGAUCGUCUCCACGAGCUGCAGCCUCAAGUAGAAAACGCAACAGUAACGAGGUAUGUGUAUGAAGUGGCAACACGAUCACACAAGAAACACUAUGUUGGCGCUGGUGCGGGAGAUCCUGCGCCUACAGAAAGAAAGGCCGGUUCUUCCUCGCGGGUCUCUCGUGAAACAACUAUAGACGAUCCAUACUACCCAGUUGUGGUUCGUCCCAGUGGAGCGUCGAGCACUGGAAGACACUCCUCAUACGAAAUACGUCCUGAAACAACUAUGACAAGUGGAACAAGCAAUAACGGUUCAAGGAAAACACCAGUGGAGACACUAAUCGACUUUCGAUCUGAGAAUGGGCCGCCAGGAACGUUACUGAAUCGCGAGCCAAUACCAUAUUUUUCAUUACGGAAAUCUCGUUCUGCCGGUCGCAUUGACACGAACACGACGCCUGGUGGAAGGGAAUUUGUGGUCGAUGUGCGCAGGAACCCGGAGUACACUCUGAAGGAUGCGCGGUACCGACAAGUGCCGCCGUCGCACACCGGAAGUGAAAUGAACGCAGGAGACAAUGUAUCAAAUCAUACCACUAUGUCCACAGGGGUAGUACCCCUUUCAAAAAUCGUUGCACGAGGUCCCUCUGAACGUAGUCAAGGCUUUGGCAUGGAAAACGUGAGGAUGAGAAACAGCGAUGAAUUAUUACUCAGAGAAAGGGACGGUGAAAGGAGAGGUUCUACUCCGUCAUAUACACAGCGCUAUGUUCAAGCAAUUGGAACAGUUCCUCUGUACGAUCAGCCUCCUGGUGAAGAUAUGGAUAGAAGUGAAUUUGUCACCGCAGAGGCUAUGAGAAAUCAGAAUCAGCGUCCGAUAACCCAUAUAGAAGUGAACAGGAAGCCAAACGCUCAGGGUUCUGUCAGAUCGUAUCAGCACAACGAUUCUGAUUAUGGCGACGAUUGGGGUGAGGAGACAAGAAUUGUGCACAAAGUUCAUAACCAGACUCAUCCGCUUCCUCAGUUGGUCGAGGAGGUAUAUCGCAAUCGCCAUUAUCCCGGCACCGCAGAGAAACAUGUGAGCGGAACUCCAACUUCAAUAACUCGUCCCUCAUACAUUCCACUUCCAUAUCCAUCCCAAUCGUCGGAUUUCAACAAUCCUCAAGGAGGCCGAACCGAGAUGCAGUUCGGCGGUGCAGGAACAGGCCCGCAAGUCAGUGGAAGAAAUGGAAUGAUAACAAGAGAAAAUACUGGCAUGGAAUACGGAGGAGGAGAAAUACGAUCGCUGAAUGUUGGCCAAAAUGGGAUAAUGACGAUGGAGAGAACGGGCAUGGAUUACGGUGGAGCGGAAACACGUCAGCUGGACAUGGGUAGAAAUGGAGUAGUGACAGUGGAUCGGACAGGCAUGGAAUACGGUGGAGCGGAUGCACGUCUACUGAAUGAUGGAAGAGGCGGAAUGCUGACAACAAAGAAAGUUACCACUACAGUAACCAAUACGAAGCGCCAACCUUUUCAAAUACGUAUUUUGAGGUGGACGCCAUCCAAUUUUUCAAAUUCCCGUGAUUGUUGUCUUAAUUGUUUGUUCUUUGUUGUAGUACCCUUAGUUGUGAUUGUGAUAGUGGUCGUCAUUGUUCUCGUUGUAGUUUUCAGUUGA